AUGCCAGUUAGUGGGCAGCGUUCUGCUGCUGCUGCUGCUUCCAGCAGCGCGCGGCAGUCGUCUUCCUGCAGCAACAGCAACAGCAGCAGCAGCAGCAGCAGCAGCAGCAGCAGGAGCCCCGUAAUUAGCCUUGGCUUGGCUGCCGGCUGCUGCUGCUGUUUGUCGGCAAAGCCCAUUGUGGAAGCAGGAGGAGAUGCAGCAGCAGCAGCGGCAACAGCAACAGCAGCAACAGCAGCAACAGCAGUAGCAGUAGCAGCAGCAGCAGCAGCAGCAGCAACACUCACAGCAGCAAGAGCUGCUGCAGUGUGUCCCCUCGCGUUCUUCGCCUCCACUGGGACCCCCAGGCCCAGUACGGCUUUUACUGUUUCGAGCGAUCCUCCAGCAGCAGCUGCAGCAGCAGCAGUAGCAGCAGCAGCAGCAGCAGCAGCAGUAGCAGCAGCAGCAGCAGCAGCAGCAGCAGCAGUAGCAGCAGCAGCAGCAGCAGCAGCAGCGGCAGGAGCCCUAAGCCUCUGGUGGCUCUCUACAAGAAGAUAA